GCACAAAAUGGCGCUCCAUAGCUCUCUGUCACAGCCAUAUCAAAUUAAUAAUGCAUUUAGCUUGCAUUGUUUAUACACCCUGCAAACACUGUAUGAAACCCUUAAGUGACCUCAUGUACUGCGUAUUAGUUUUUGACAGGACAGCUUUGUUAAUUUAGUGCCACAGAAAAAUUAGUCUUUUGGAAGCUACAUAGCAGAUUUAAUAAUGAACACAUUAAGGAAAUACUCCUGCUUUUUGGAUUUUACAAACACAUGCAGCUCUUCCAUUCAUGUGUUUUAUUUUUGUUUUCUUCCUUAAAACCAUUUAUUCAAGAGGAAACGUUCAUCUGUUUAUGAAUGGAGCAAUUGUUGGUAUUAUAGAUGUCUAAUAACUAUAAGUAUUAUUAUUGAUUUAGCAGACACCUUUAUCCAAGGCGACUAGGACAAGUGAACUAUGCUGGUUACAAGCCAUUUUCUUUAACCACUGGACCACACAGCCUCCUAAUACCUAAUAACUAAUACCAAUAGAAAUGUAUUUUAAAAUAAUUAUUGUAUGUAAUUUCCAGUUCAAAAUAGGUUUUUACCAAGUGAUAUGUAAAUAACUUAAAAAUAAUUAAUACAUUUUAACCAGAAAAAAGACCAAUCCCUGCACUCGAAUAUCAACCAUUACCGUACGUGUAAUGAUUUAUUUUGUAAUGCACUUGUUACUGUACCACUGUGCUCGAUAAUACAGUAGAUUUCUGCUGUUGUUCGAGUUCCAAGUUCGUCCAGCCUCGUGGCCCAGCAAGUUUUGAUUUGAUUUGUAUUCGGUUUGGGUAAAGAGCCUCUGUAGUGUGGCGCUCCAAAGCUAUUCGUCUGCACUAACACAACAGACAAACGACCUGCAGUUGUCCGCAUCACCAGAGACACCAGUCGACUCCCUGCUCCACUCUCCAAAAUGAACGUCAGCCGAGAGCAGUCGCUAUAACCAAGGGGAUCAGAAGGAUAACCGACCACUCCUAAAACAAGUGGAUUCUACGUGUCUGAGGAAAACAAAAGCCAGUCACGGUGUUGUGGUGUGUACGUUAACCAAGGUGUAAUUUACUGCACUGGCUGAAGAACCGGAUAUAUAGACUAGCUGUUGGGAGGCGCUUCCUUUGUGGUGUAGAAGGCUGGGUGUAAACUAAGCACAGCAUGGCUCUGGUCCUGUGUCCUCUCUAUCUUAUGUUGCUGUCAACAAUAACUGGAGGGUUGGUGGAGCAGUGCAGGGAGGGAGCCACCUUCCCUGACGCCAUAAUUUCCCCUAACUUGAAGACCACUCAAAUCCUGAGGGUUCCCCAUGCUCUCUCUAUGUUGGACUGCACUGCUGCAUGCUGCAACCUUCCCGGCUGUGAUUUGGCCUGGCUGUUUGAAAACCACUGCUACAUAGUUAAUUGCCAGCACAAGGAUAGCUGUGAGCCCAAGAAGAGGACCUCUGUGGAUUCCUACCUGACCUUUGUGCAGCGGGCCUCUCCUCAGACACUGGCAUUGCAGUCUCUGGUGCGUGGAAGGCUUCACUCCCAGCAUGGUAGUCAAGAAGAUCCCUCUGCUUCAGUGGAGGACAUAAGCAACCUGAAAGACUACAACUUGUUUGCCAGGGAUCAGAGUUUUGAGCAGCCUUCGCUGGUGGGAGAAUACCCAGAGGACUACAGGCCCUUAGAGUCAGAGGGCAGCUUUCUGAACCCCAAACCGGAACAGAAGGAGAGUUCUGGGUUUCUGCACUGGCAGUUGGUGACCGGUAAGGAUAAGUUCAGUCUCUUGUCGGGGGAGACUGGAGGGAGCGAGGAGGAAUCGUUAGACCAGAAUGGAAACAUCCUUCAGAACAGCUCACAGAUGAGGGAGCAGGAAGGGAUUGAGGGGAAACAAGUAACACCCACUGAGGCUGCCUCGGUUUUCUUGGAGAAGAGCAACACUAUGUCUUUGCCUGGAAUUGUAAACGUAAGAACAGACAAAAAGGAUUCUGUCCCUUUGCAUAAUAUCUCAUUGACAAGCACAGAAAUUACACCCACAACCAAGGCAAGCCAAGUAUCAUAUACCACCCAGAAAAAAGACUUGGCUACUACACUGCCUACAAGCACCAUGCCUGCUCAGCCUACUACCACAAAACCAACCAUAGCCACCACCAGCACUCUUCAACCAGUGAAGGGGCUUGUUGUGUCAGCUGGAGACAAUGUAGAGGUGAUUCUUCCCAAGAAUGAAGUGGAGCUGAAUGCCUUUGUAGUCCCUUCCCCACCAAAAGAAACAUUCUACAGCUACGAAUGGAGUUUGAUCAGCCACCCGGCUGACUAUGAGGGUGAAAUGGAGAGCAAGCACACCAAGUCUCUGAAGCUCUCUCGGCUCUCACCAGGUCUUUAUAUCUUUAAAGUUACAGUGAACGGGGAUAACUCCUAUGGAGAAAGCUUUGUUAAUGUCACUGUAAAACCUGCAGCGAGAGUCAACAAGCCACCUACUGCCAUUGCUUCUCCCAGGACACAGGACGUUUCCCUGCCUACCUCAUCCACGUUCAUUGAUGGCAGUCAAAGCACUGAUGAUGAUAAAAUUGUGAGCUAUCAUUGGGAGGAGAUCAAGGGGCCACUUCGUGAACACAAAGCCUCAGCUGACUCUCCUGUCCUGCACCUGUCAGACUUAGUGCCUGGAAACUAUACCUUCAGACUGACAGUAAUUGAUUCUGACGGGGCUGCAAACUCCACCACUGCGAUGGUCACAGUGAACAAGCCUGUGGAUUACCCGCCAGUGGCCAACGCAGGUCCGAAUCAAGCCAUUACCCUGCCGCAUAAUUACAUCACACUCAAUGGGAACCAGAGCAGCGACGACCACCAGAUUGCCAGCUACGAGUGGUCACUGAGCCCCAACAGCAAAGACAAGGUGGUGGCAAUGCAGGGAGUCAGGACUCAGUACCUGCAGCUGUCUGCUAUGCAAGAAGGGGAUUACACAUUCCAGCUGACAGUCACAGACUCCGCAGGACAGCAGGCUACUGCACAAGUCACAGUAAUUGUGCAGCCUGAGAAUAACAGUCCACCAGUAGCAGUGGUUGGCCCUGAUAAAGAGUUAACGUUUCCAGUAGAAAGCACUACACUGGAUGGCAGCAAGAGCACAGAUGACCAAGGCAUUGUGUUGUAUCAGUGGCAGAAUAUCAGUGGUCCAAGUGGUGUAAAGAUUGAAAAUGGUAACACACAGCUAGCCACUGUGACAGGGCUUCGAAUCGGUACUUACCGGUUUAGAUUGACUGUGAAGGACCAGCAGGGACUGACCAGCACGGCUGUGGCUGCUGUCACAGUCAAGAAGGAAAGAAACAUUCCCCCUGUAGCCCAUGCUGGUGGAAGCACUAUUGUUGUCCUCCCCAAUAACUCUGUCAUACUCAAUGGGUACAAGUCUACAGAUGACCAGGGCAUCGUAUCCUACUUGUGGAUCAGAGAUGGCCAAAGUCCUGCAGCUGGGGAUGUCUUGUACGGUUCAGACCAUGAAGCAUUGCUAUAUCUUAUCAAUCUGGUGGAAGGAACUUACAUUUUCCAAUUGCGAGUGACUGAUGCCAAGGGUGAUUCCAGCACUGACACUGCUACGGUAGAAGUGCGUCCUGACCCUCGGAAGAAGGAUCUGGUGGAGAUGGAACUUCAAGUUGGGGCCAGCCAGCUGACUGAACAGCAGAAAGACACUCUGGUGAGGCAGCUGGCGGUGCUGCUCAACGUCUUGGAUUCAGACAUCAAAGUGCAAAAAAUACAAGCACAUUCCGAUUUAAGUACAGUCAUGACUUUCUACGUGCUGAGUGGACAGCAGGUGUUAAAGGGCAUGGAGCUGGCACACACGCUCCGGGGACAGCUCAUGAAGGAGAAGGCAGACUUUCUUAUGUGCAGAGUCCUGAGGGUUGACACUGUCCUUUGUCUGCUUGUGUGUUCAGAUCACGGGCACUGUGAUCCCGUCACCAAGCGAUGUGUGUGCUACCCUUUCUGGAUGGAGAAUCUGAUUCGGCGCUACUUUGGUGAUGGGGCGAGUAACUGUGAAUGGAGUGUGCUGUACGUUGUCGUUGCUACUUUUGUUGUACUUGUACUCAUAAUAGCAAUUGGCUGGGUCUACAUCUGCUGCUGCAAAAGGAAGAGGCGAACGAAAGUAAAGAAGAAAAACAAAUACACAAUUCUUGACAACAUCGAUGAACAGGAAAGAAUGGAGCCGAGGCCUAAAUAUGGUAUAAAGCACAGAAGCACAGAUCACAACUCUAGCCUGAUGAUGUCGGAGUCUGAGUUUGAAAGUGAGCAGGACACCAUCUUCACCCGGGAGAAGACCAGCAAGGGAAACCCCAAGAACCGUGUGAAUAGCCCUGUCAAAAAUGGAGAUGCCUUCAGUUACCGUCCCAAAGAUAGAUAGAUAGAUGUACCACCAUGUUACAAAGAUGCAGUUCUGAAUGAGGGGAAAUGUAUUUUAGAUGUCAUUUUGGUUUUUUUCCCAGCAAUUUGGUUAAUGAGUCACUGGAUUAGUUCUAAAAGGGUUUUCGAUAUCAGAAAAAAAGGUUUGUAUGUCUUGAUUGAAAUGGCUCCCCUAAUUAGCAAACUGCCAAGCCAAUCAUUUAAAUGAACAGACCACUUUUAUUACACAGCACAUAAACGGGAAUGUAGAUACAAUUCUUAUUAUUUUGUCAACCAUGGACACCUCGCUUACCAUAUUUUAAAGAUCUGCUAAUUGAGAUGUUUAUUAUCAAGUGGUGGAUCUCAUGAUUGUAAAGUGGUACCACUCAGGCAAGCAAAGGCAGAAUGUUCUGUAAACAAGGCACCGCAGCAACUUCGACAAUGACUUCCCUUAGAGUAGCCUGAGUUGUAACUCAUCAGUAGAUGUGGUUUAUAGUUUUAAGUUUCUGUAAACAUUUGAACAGUCAUCUGCAUUUUUAUAGCAUAUGAAUCCAUACUUAGAAAAUGUUAUUUGAAGAGGGCUUGGUUGUAGAAGCAUUCUCUUGACAAGCAUGAACAGGAAUGGACCUGUCCUAUCAAUGUACUUCAUAUUACUCUAUAGCAGCUAAAAAUGAAAUUGCCUUAUCAUUAGAAUCAUUCAUAAUUCUUUAACUCCAUGAUUUGGCAGUUGAUGCAUUGGCAUAGGUUAUUGAAAUGCUGCAUUUUUGUGACAAACUAAAUAAGUCUUUGGAGCACUGCACACUUGUAAGCCAUGACUUGUUAUAUUUCUCUGCAGAAAACUUUUGUCUUGUUUUCCUGUGAAACUCCUGCAUCAGUAAAAUACCUGUUGGUGAUGUA